UUUGUUAGUGGUAUUUGCAUUUCUCAGGACAAGGUAGUGACUACUGACUGUUCACCGAACAUGCGCAUGUUCAUGUCAAGUGUAGUGCAAAGGAAAUAAUAUUUUGGCUUUCGGGGGCCUAAAAUUAGCUAAAAUGCAUAAGUUAAAGUUCUCGCAAAGAGAUAAAGUGAGGAAAUUUAUUACGUUUACACAUACUGGGGAACAAACAGCUAUAUAUUGUUUAGCUCAAAAUGACUGGAAGUUAGAUUUGGCUAGUGAUAAUUAUUUUCAAAAUCCUGAGGCAUAUUGUAAAGAACCCAAAAAUACGGUGGACAAAAAGAAGCUGGAAAUACUAUUUAGCAGAUAUCAAGAUCCAAAUGAACCAGACAAGAUUACGGCAGAUGGGAUAAUGAAAUUUCUGGAUGAUUUGGACUUAAGCCCUGAGAGCAAAUUAGUAUUGAUCAUCGCGUGGAAAUUUCGGGCAGAAACACAAUGUGAAUUCACUAAAGAUGAAUUUAUGAAUGGAAUGACAGACCUGGGCGUGGACAGUAUAGACAAAUUAAAGGCACGUUUAAGUGGUUUAGAGAAUGAGUUAAGGGAUUCCCAAAAAUUCAAGGACUUUUAUCAGUUCACGUUCAACUAUGCAAAGAAUCCAGGUCAAAAGGGAUUGGAUCUCGAUAUGGCAAUCGCAUACUGGAACAUUGUGUUAGAUGAUAAAUUUAAGUUCCUGCCUCUGUGGUGCCAGUUCUUACAGGAGCACCAUAAGAGGUCGAUUCCAAAAGAUACGUGGAAUUUAUUGUUAGAUUUCGCGCUCAUGAUCGACCCUGAUAUGAGUAAUUACGAUGAAGAGGGAGCCUGGCCUGUACUGAUAGAUGAUUUUGUAGAAUGGGCACAGCCUCGUAUUCGUCAGUCCCUCUAACAUCCUUUUGUUACAUCUUUAACGUCACAUGAAAAAGAAGCUUUAUUUAUUCAACUAUGAAAUCGUAUAUUCUUCUAGCGAUAUUCGAUCAUAUUUUUCUGAUAGAGUGCGACAUCAUUUUACUUUCUGUACAAAGUAUAAAUGUACGUUAAUACGAAGCAAGAGUAUUAUAAUUAUUAGGAUCAAUCGAUGAUGUAUAAUAAAUUUGUAAUCUAAACAAAUUGAAUAUAAAAAAGGAAUUUUGCAUAAAAGUAGGAAUCGAUCCUCUGUCGUUCGUUCGAGAAGCUAUAUUACGUAACUAUUCACGUUUUACGUAAACAUUAUAUUAUUAUGUCUGUUUGUAUAAAGUAAUAUGAUGGGUGCCCGAUUUGUUAAAAAGAAAACGAAAGAAACGGAACAAUGACGGUAAGAAAUGUUGCUCAAAUAUCGACGGUGUUUACACAGUAAAUUACUUAAGAAGUCGCUGACCGCACUUCUUUACGCUAAUUUGGCUUGGAAGGAAAGAGGGAAGGGGAAAUCUUAAGAAACGUUUGUUUAUCACAAGUUCUUGUAGAUAGUGAUUUAUAGAAAUUACGUUGUUAGAAAUUGUUGUCGAAUAAAAUUUACGAGUUCCGCAGUAUACUUGUAAUAUACGCAUAUAUAUGGUACGCACGAAAAACGAAAUGGGAAAGAGAAAUCUGUACCUAUUGACCUAUUUCGCUUAUAGCGAUGCAUCGUAUCGGCACCAUAUACUUAUUUUUUCUAUCAGCCAAUUGUUUUGAAUCAUGGUGUGAUGAAAGAGAUUUAUCCUUGUUUUAACUUCUAUUCCUGAGAUACGAUCUAUGUUGAAGAAGGCAAACUAAACAUUUUUUACGCGUUCGAAUAAUCGAUUUCGCCAUUUGACUAUUACUACUUAAAAGGAAGGAAGUAGCUCGCGUGAAAUAAUUAACAAGCUGACAAAUAAAACGUAUUCGACUUUUUAAUUUUUGUUGUACUGCACAGUGUUUCCAUUAUCAAUAUAACAUUCUACAUUUAAUGUUUUCAUUGUAAUUUUCACAGUGCACAACGUAUCAUUAACGCUUUUAUAGUUUCAUACGUAACAAACAAUACGGAAGUGUUUCAAAAUUGCUAACCAUGUUGAUUUAAAUGUGAUGCGGAGAGAUUAAUGAGAUGUAAUGUAAAGAAAUAUAUAUGCAUCUAUAAAAAUAUAUUUAUCUGCAAUUCUCUGCGGUUAAUAGAUAACUAAUCAAACUAUUGUAUUCGUUUAAGUAUGUCGAUAUCGAAAGGUGCAAAGUAGAGAAUUAGCAAUAUAAGAAGUAUGUCGUCCAGAAACGUUAGAUUAUAUUUUGUAAAAGAUUCGGAAUAGAUAAACGAAACAAGAAAGAUUCUGAUACCCGCAUUCAUUGUAAUAAGAGAAGUCCAGUAGAAUGUUCUCAAUGAUCAAUGUGUUUGCGCAAUGCGGAAGAAAAAUGUAUGAAGUAGCGUAUCUUUCGUUUAAUUUAUGAUGAAAAAGAAUAUAAUUCUUGUAAUUAAGCUGCGUUACUUCUUAAUAAUUUGACCAUUGCGUAAACACCAUUAAAAAAAAAAUUGUAACAGUUCUAAGACACUGUACAUAAUGUAAAUAAAUCUGUCAUCUCGAUCUACACGGGAAAUGUAUGUAAUUAUUAUGCCAAGACGAUCACUUUCAAACAAAAAGUUUUCGACUCUAUAAUAGUGAAAUAAAUGUUCAACUUAGGUGUGUAA